ACCAACACUUUUUAUCAUUGAAUCUGCACCUGAUCGCGUUGUCCAACAACUUUGACUCUGAAACACGCCCAUUUUCCGCCGAAUGAGAGUUCUGAUUGAGACAGAUUGUAGGCACAUCCGAAGAACUUAUAGAUUCCUCCCAAACUGAGUCAAAACAAACAGGAGACGUGUGAAACUUAAAAAAGAAAGAAAGAUGAAUGUAGAGUCCUUACGCCAGAAGCUGUCUCAGUAUGGCCAGCAGCACCUCCUGGAGUUCUGGCACCAGCUGGACGCCGACCAGAAGGGCGCCCUCUACCGGGAUAUCGAGAGCACGGACGUGGCGGAGCUGAUGCGGUCCUUCAACAUGGCCAUGGAGGCGGCCAGCGAGACGGAGAAGGUAGACAGCCAGAUGGAGCAGACGCCCUCCGAGUGCUUCGGGUCCAUGACCAGGUCAGGAAAGGAAAAGGAAAAAUGGUAUCGGGAAGGUCUGAGGGAAAUAGCCAAGGGCCACUGCGCCGUCUUGUUGCUGGCUGGCGGUCAGGGCACCAGGCUCGGGGUCAAGUAUCCCAAGGGUAUGUACAACGUGGGCCUGCCGUCGGGCAAGACGCUGUACCAGCUCCAGGCGGAGAGGAUCUUGAGGGUCCAGCAGCUGGCAUAUGAGAUGCACCGAGAGCGAGGGGUGAUCCCAUGGUACAUCAUGACCAGCGAGCACACAAAAGAGCCGACGGAAGAGUUCUUCCUCCAGCACAACUACUUUGGUCUGCAGAGGGAGAACGUCAUCAUGUUUGAACAGAACAUGCUGCCCUGCUUGUCAUUCGACGGCAAGAUCCUGCUGGACCAGAAGUGGAAGAUCUCUCGGGCCCCAGAUGGGAACGGAGGUCUUUACCGAGCCCUUGGGAAGAAUAACAUCCUGGAAGACAUGAACAGGCGGAAUCUUCAGUACAUUCACGUCUAUGGGGUGGACAACAUCCUGGUCAAGAUGGCAGACCCAUGGUUCAUCGGCUUCUGCAAGUCCAAGGGUGCAAACUGUGGAGCCAAGGUGGUCGCCAAGGCUUUUCCAACUGAGCCCGUCGGAGUGGUCUGCCGUGUCAACGGCAAGAACCAGGUGGUGGAGUACAGUGAAAUCACGCUCAAGACCGCGGAGAAGAGGGACGAGGAAGGACGGCUCAUCUUCAGUGCCGGCAACAUCUGCAACCAUUUAUUCACAACGGAAUUCCUGAAAGAUCUAAUCAGAUCUCACGAGCAGAAGCUGAAACACCACAUAGCCAAGAAGAAGAUUCCCUACAUUGACAACAGCGGCAACCGAGUUGUCCCCGAGAAGCCCAACGGAAUCAAGAUGGAGAAGUUUGUCUUUGACGUCUUUGAGUUCUCAAACAACUUUGCAGUCUUUGAGGUUCUACGCGAGGACGAAUUUUCACCACUCAAGAACAGCAACACGGCCGAGAAGGACAACCCCACGACGUCGCGCCACGCCCUCCUGUCCCUGCACCAUCGGUGGGUCUUGAACGCCGGCGGCAAGUUUGUAGAGAAAGAUGGCACGCCAAUCCCUGCGAUCCCAAGUAGUGCUAACGUUUGUGAAAAUAGUCCUGCAUGUGUUGGUUUUCGAAGAGCAAAUGACGCGGAUGACUACCCUGUUGUGUGCGAAGUCUCCCCUCUAACAUCGUACGCAGGAGAGGGCCUUGAAGAACUCUGCGACAAACGACAGUUCUGCUCACCGGUACUACUCUCGGAGACAGAUCAAAUGGAAUCCAAAGCGUCUGUUAUAGGGACCAACUAGAAACACACAGGCCUCGUUAGCAGGUUGAAUAUCUGCCCGGAAACCAGGCUCUAGCUGUGUCUGGAUCGAUGAAGUAUUUUCUACUGCUGUGGACUCUGACUUGGUUCAGUCAUUUACAAAGAUGGCAAACAGUGGCCAAAUUGGGGUGAAAUUUCUGAGAGGGCACAGGGGAGGGGGGCAUUUUUUGAAGGAGGCACAGACAGCAAACGCUGUAUGGCUCAUACAACGUAGGUUGUGCACAUUGCCAAAUUUCACAGGGGGCGCCCUCCCACAGUCAUGCCACUGAUGGCAAAGUAACAGCUCUAAUAUACUUAACUGUGGACUUGGCUUAAUGUGCCAUUAACGUCUUGUUUCUGUUUUGUUUGCUGUCAAGCCGUCUUUAUAGUGUAAUUCAUCAACCAGAUUUAAAGGCCAUUACUGUAAUAUUCGGAAUAUAAGCCGGGGCUUAUACGUUGAUUCUCAUGCCGAAUACUGUCUGCGGCUUAUGUGCCUGGUGGCUUAUACGGCAAACUUUGAAGGAUAAAAUCAGUCAAUCAGGUGGCACUUUCAUGUUUUUGUUGGUUGCCGUUUACAUCUGAUAACUCGAACCUCGGAGAAUAAAUGAGAAUUCGAGUGUUUCGGAUUUUAAGUUCCUAACGGAAUUCAUUGUGUCAUGGAGUCACGAAACAAAUACAUGAAAUUUGUACAUAAUCCCAAACUUUACUUGCUCUGCAGUGGCAACAUUUUUAGUGAUUAUUUUCCCCACUUUUUAGUCACUCAUGGUGUAUUUUUGGGCAAACAAUCAUUUUACUAAGAUUUUUUUAUUGUUAGCCGUUAGAUGUUUUUCUGCCAUUAAACAAAAGGUAAGCAUAUUCUUUCGGCAAGAAAUAGUUGGCCUACGAGAUCAAACGAUCUGGCAACUUCUAAAAUGAUUGCGAGUUACCGAGAUUUUAGUGUACAUCCCCGACCGCAUAACUUUUGCUGCCCGUUGGAAAAAAGGGCAGGAGCUGAUGCAUUGCCCACGCAGGACAAUCAUUCAACCGGUAAAUAUAAUUAAAUUUGAGGACUUAAAUUUUAGUUUUAUGGUGACACUCAUUCGCACUUUUCUUUUAUUUAUUAGGAUUGCAUGUAUACUGGGACCGUUGAUGCACUGCACUGGCGCUUCAGCAGGCAGCAUCUUUGUGGUUAGAUCAUCAGCGCUGCGAUGCAGUCCAUACACCGGUUGGGCUUAUACGCUGACUUAAAAUCUUAAUUUUCUGAUUUUUGCAUGUUGUGGCUUGUACACUGGGCGGCUUAUUUUCCGAAAAUUACGGUACCACGAUGGCACAACGCUCAUGGACAGAUGGUAUGUGUGUGUGUUGUGCCUCUUUAACCAGUAAGUUGUCAGGAUAUAAGCACACUCGCAUCAAGCUGAGGAAUGUGCGUGUGAGGGCAGUAUAACCAGAGAUAUCAGCUCCACAGAUAAGCCCGUAGUCCUCCUGUUGCCUGAAGUGGUUCUACGGGGUUUGAUACCAAAGUUCGCCGAAUGGCAUUGAUUUUUCAGAGCGUAGCCUGAUUGCUAUUGACGAACUGGUUCCCCGUGAAAGUCAUGUGCCAGAGGUUUCGCAGUUGCUGGUGCGAGUCAUGGAAAAAUCAAAGGAUGGGGGAGGGUUAAACAACAAAUGUUUUUAAAACGCUGUUGAUGUUCGGAAAAUUAUUGGC